AUCGCCGGGAAAAUCAAAGUUGCAAGAAAAUUCUCCUACUCUGAGCUGGUAGCGGCGACGGACAACUUCUCACGGGAUAGGAAGAUCGGCAAGGGUUCCUUCGGUGACGUGUACAGAGGGCUGCUACCGAUGCAGAACCAGCGGGAGGUGGCUGUGAAGGAGAUGCGACAACCAACGUUGAAGCGUAACCGGAAGAACUAUGUGCACGAGAUCAAGACCCUGUGUCAGUUGAGCCAUAAGAAACUCCUACGGCUUAUCGGUUGGUGCGACGAUGGUGGCCGGUUGGUGCUUGUGUACGAGCUUGAACCCAACGGUAGUGUCAGCGACCAUCUCCAUGGUGGUGGCGCUGGCGGGAGGAUGUUGACAUGGCCGCAGAGGUACAAUAUCCUUCUCGGUAUCGCAGCCGCCAUCGACUACCUCCACAAUGGCGCCUACGACUCAGCGAAGAGGUACGUGUUGCACCGGGACAUAAAGCCCAGCAACGUGAUGCUGGGAGAGGGCUUUGAGGCCAAGCUCGGUGACUUUGGACUCGUACAGCAAGUCAGUCGCCAUGGCGGCAGGGGUACUCCUCGGACAACCGUGAUCGGGAGCAUGGACUACAUGGACCCCAGGUACAUCGGGCUUGGUACACUUAGCCCCGCCUCUGAUAUAUACAGCUUCGGGUUGGUGCUGCUAGAGGUGGCCACUGGCGUGAGACCGUCCAUCCCGGGAACGGCAGCGCACCGGAACACCCUCAUCACCACUGUGAGGGAGUCUCAUAGCAGAAAAGCCAUCCUCGAGAUGGUAGAUGAGAAGCUGAGAGGGGAGUUGAAUCAGUGGUGGUGGCAGAUGGAGCGUGUCAUGGUCACCGGGUUGGCGUGUGUCGAGCCGGCGCGUGACGAUCGGCCAUCUAUCAAAGAUGUUAUCGACCUGCUCUCCAAGCACGAGCAAUCUCUGGCAUCCAGCCGUUACCUAAGAGAUUCCUCAAUGAGGCCCAAGGAUCGGUUUCCUUUCAUACUAACUAGGAAUGUGGCUCUCGCAAAUGCAAGGGCAUCAUCCUUAUCGUAUUGA